AUGUAUUGGUUUAAGAAAUCGGAAAAAGAUAUAAGGAACGAAUGUAUAUAAAAGGCUGUUCCUGAAGAGAAAUACCGUAUGCCUUGUCCUUAGGGAAACAGCAAGUGGGAUGAGGAAGGGGUAAUAACUUUUACAGGUCUUCAACGAAACACAACAAUUAAGCUCCACACUUACAGAUGCUUCCCUAAAUCUAAUUAAGCUCCAUAAUCCGUAAUUUUUUUUUUCCAUGGAUUAAAUGAGCAUCUCGGAUUGUAUGCUCAUAUAGCAUAAGCAUUGAGUAAAGAUGCCAACAGCGUGUGUGUGGGCUUUGAUUUCAGAGGAUUUGGCAAGAGCGAAGGUCUUAGAGGGUGGCUAGAAUCUAAAGAAUAACAUAUAGAAGAUUGUACGAGAUUUAUUUAAUUAAUUAAACAAUUGUAUCCUGGAGUACAAUUGUUUGCUUUAGGAUAAUCAUUAGGUGGAUUAACAUCCUACCUUUUGGGAAUGAAUGAUCUUGUCCAAGGGACUAUCUUGAUUACCCCUGCUUUGAUGGACAAUUAUUAUAAUAGACCUUAUCUCAAGAAAAUUGCUUUGGUUUUAGGUAUAUUAUCUCCAACAUGGUCCCCAUUUCCACCUUCAUAUCCAAAUGGUUCUAAGAACCCACAGGUCUUAGAGGAUAAUUUGAAGGAUCCAUAUAUAAAUUGGAAUUCAACUUUACCUGGAACAGGCAGAGUAUUGUUAAAACUGUUAAGAGAAACUCCUAGCACCUUUAAAAACUACAAAAAGUCAUUCCUGAUUAUUUCAGGAGGAAUGGAUCAAAUUAUUGAUCCUGAUGUUGGACAUGAACUUAUGAAAUAGAGUACAUCCCCAGACAAAGAACAUAUCUACUAUGAAAAUAUGUGGCAUGAUUGUAUAGCAGAAUAAGAAAUACUUGAAAUUAUCCCAUAAAUAGUAAGAUGGAUUAAAAAAAGAUAAUGA